AUGGGAGGAGCCCGUCUUAGUAACGGCGCUCCAAUGGUGGUGGGAGCCGGAGUCCCUGGUAACGGAGCCGGGGUUGGGCCGGACGGCUUCCCGGCCAUGUGGGGCUGCGGGGGGCGCCGGCGGAGGCGGCUCUUGGGGGGCGUCUUCCUCUUGCUGCUGGGGGCCGUCGUGGUGCGCAGGUUCAACUGGAGUGACCUGGUCCCGAUGAGGCUGUGGGGCCGAGUGCUGGGCUUGCAGGCCGAGGACUCGCAGUUCCUGCUGGAAGAUCUGCCUUUUCGCAUCUUUGGCGGGUCGGUGCAUUAUUUCCGUGUCCCCCGAGAAUACUGGAGAGACCGCUUGAUUAAGAUGAAAGCGUGUGGUUUGAACACACUUACCACAUAUGUUCCAUGGAAUCUUCAUGAGUCAGCAAGAGGGAAGUUUGAUUUCAGCGGAAAUCUGGAUCUGCAGGCUUUCAUUAAGACCGCAGCGGAGGUUGGGCUGUGGGUGAUUCUGCGUCCAGGACCUUACAUCUGCUCCGAGUGGGACCUUGGCGGCUUGCCCAGCUGGCUGCUUCAAGACCCCAACAUGCAGCUGAGGACAACCUACAAAGGUUUCACGGAGGCCGUGGAUGCGUAUUUUGAUCACCUGAUGCGCAAAGUGGUUCCACUUCAGUACAAGAAAGGGGGGCCGAUCAUUGCCGUGCAAGUGGAGAAUGAAUACGGUUCCUAUGCCCAAGACCCAAACUACAUGCUGUACAUAAAAAUGGCCCUGUUAAGUCGGGGGAUUGUGGAAAUGUUGAUGACCUCCGACAAUAAAGAUGGGCUGUCAUCUGGCUUGGUGGAAGGAGCCCUUUCCACAGUGAACUUGCAGAAACUGGAGCCAGGAAUCUUGGUCUAUCUCAAUACAGUACAGCACAAGAAACCAAUGAUGGUGAUGGAAUAUUGGACUGGAUGGUUCGAUAAUUGGGGAGGUGCUCAUAACAUCUUUGAUGCUGAUGAGAUGGUGAAUACCGUCGAGAAAAUCCUCAAGUCAGGCGCCUCCAUCAACCUCUACAUGUUCCACGGGGGGACGAACUUUGGCUUUAUGAACGGCGCUCUGCAUUUUGACGAGUACAAGGCAGACGUCACCAGCUAUGAUUAUGAUGCUGUGCUGACUGAGGCAGGAGACUACACCUCCAAGUUCUUCAAACUGCGACAGCUUUUCUCAAAGAUUGUGGGGGAGCCUCUCCCUCUCCCUCCGAUGAUUUCAACCAAGGCAUCCUAUGGGGCAAUCCUCAUGCAGCAGUAUGUCUCUCUGUGGGACGUGCUGCCCUCUCUGGUAGAGCCCGUAAAGUUGGAGCACCCUGUCACCAUGGAGAACCUUCCGGUGAACGAUGGCAGCGGUCAGUCUUAUGGGUAUGUCCUCUAUGAGACCGUCGUACCGGGUGGAGGACGGCUGUUUUCCCAGGACCACAUCCGGGACAGAGCACAGGUGUUCGUUAAUACUCUGUAUAUCGGCUACCUUGAUUACACCACACAAGACUUGCCAGUUCCUAACGGACAGGGAUACCGACAGCUCCGACUCCUUGUAGAGAAUUGUGGGCGAGUCAACUAUGGACCUGCGCUCAACAGCCAGCAGAAAGGCUUAAUUGGCGACAUCUUUCUCAACCAAACCUCCUUGAGGAAUUUCAAGAUUUACAGCCUGGAGAUGAAACCUGGCUUCAUAGAAAGCCUUCGAGGGUCCUCCUCUUGGGGCCCGGUCCCUGACAGCGUAGAGGGCCCUGCUUUCUUCCGAGGAACCCUACAAGUGCAAUAUAUGCCUCAAGACACUUUCUUGAAGCUCGAGGGUUGGGAAAAGGGAGUUGUGUUCGUCAAUGGACAGAACCUUGGUCGCUACUGGAAAAUCGGCCCUCAAGAAACACUCUACCUCCCAAAGACGUGGCUGCAUCAAGGAGACAAUGAGAUUGUGAUUUUUGAAGAACGUGUUGCAGGCCGGAUAAUCCAGUCCAUGGACUUGCCUUUCUUAGGAAGGACCCAUUAUGUGGACUGAGCAGGGGUACUCCCUGGCUGCUGUGCCUCCCCCUCCCCUGCCCCCCCCCCAGUUGGUUCUUCUGUUUCGUUUGUGGGUAUGCUUCUGAAACAAAUUUGGGGUCACGAGAUCUGGAUACUAGCAAGGGCUGGUCUUCUUAAACCAGAUUGCCAUGGAAGAUGUGCCCCCUGCCAUUGAAUUUGAGAAGACGACUCCAAAUACUUGAAGCAGGAAAGAAGUCCAAAAGACAGACUCCUCUAUAGCAGAGCUCCCCACUUCUGCAAUUGCUCUUUCCUCGGCUGUGACAGAGGUGCUGCGGAUCCGGCAAGGGAAUGAACGGGCGAGGGUGAUUGGAGAUCUGCUGGGUUUAAGAAGCUGAUCUCAAACAGAGCGGACGUGAAUCGGACACCAUCUUCUUUGCAGCUGGGAGAGAAAAGCAUUCUGUGCAACAGACCGAUUGGGGUGUCCUGUGCUUUUCAGACAAUGGAAUCCACUUUUACUGUGAAGGAAAGGAAAUCUCUUCUUCCCUUCUUAGGCGCCUGGUUUGGUAAUCGGUCAGGCUGGGUAGAAAUGUAAUUUCCAUGUUUUUGCAUUAAUCCUAACAAGUUGAGCCAUGGGAUCUUUCAUGUUUGGAAAGCCCUCAAAGAGCCAUUUUUAAUGUUAUGAGCAUAAAUGCCAGCAAUGCGGGGCGGGAGGCAAGGAGAUGUCGACGUGGAAGAGUUGUGUUCUUAGUUUAGAAUGCUUUUCCACAUGAAAAAACAAAACCUCCCUUUUUACUAACAUAUCAGGGAGAGGGCCUCUCCUAAACUCUUCUUGGUGUAAUACCCACUGGACAGUUUUUGUUGUUGUUAUCUGUUGUUGUUGUAGGAAACCAUUCAAACUAUCCCUGUCUGGAAAUCCCCCACUUCAGCAUGCACAAGCUGUCGAUAGGGUCUAAUUUGUGUACAAGGGUUGUGAUCUUUACCGGGCGAGUAUCUUCACUCGUUCUCAGCUGAAUGCUCAACAAGGUUUCUCUUUUGGGCACCGGCUCAGCUAGUACUGAUGCUGUCGUAAGUCACCGUGACCGAAGGAAUGCUUCUUUGGGGCAUGCACCCCCCCAGAGAUGACACUUGUGGGGAAGGAUGAAAGAAUCCCAUAUUUCUUGACAUUAGGUUGCUAUUUUUUAAAAAUGCUUUUAAACUGACAUUUUAAAAGAAGGAGUAAGGGACAUUGUGUUCUCUUUCUCUCGCACGCAUGCACCAAUACACAUGCUGUGGCCUCUGUUUCUUUGUCUCCUUCAAAAGCCUCUAACAGCAUCCUCUUUCCCUCAGAGGUCUAUUUGUAAUGCAAAUACUGCCAAUUCCCAAAGGUUCAAGAUCUUCAGAAGCACAGCUCUUGCCUCUUUGGGGAAUAUUUUGUUCUGUUCCCUUCUUGCUAGAACAGCCCCCC